UAUUGAAACAUGGCCAAAAAGAAGAAAUCUAAGAAGGAAGAGCCAGUCGAGGAAACCAAAGAGCCAAAGAAAGGCAAGAAGGCUAAAAAGGGAUGGAAGGAACAACUUGCUGAGGAAGAGGAGGCAGCUAAAAAGAAAAAGCAAGCUGAAGAGGAUUUCCUUAAUAGACCAACAAAAUUCGUAGUGGCCAGACAUAUUCUUAUGUCUGAUAAAGACAAAGCUCAAGAAGUAUACGAUGAGAUUUUUGAAGAGCAUAAAGACAACCCAACAUCUGCUGCCUUUGGCAAAUUUGCAAAAGCUCAUUCAGAAUGUGAUUCUAGUACAAAAGGAGGUAAAUUAGGUGCCUUCGGUAGAGGAAAAAUGGCCGAAGAAUUUGAAGAAGCAGCAUUCAACACUGAGCCAGGCAAGAUGACAACCAUAGUCCAUACUGAAUUUGGAUAUCACAUUAUAUUAGUUGAGGAGCAUAAGAAGUAAUAUCGCCAAGUUAUCUCCUAAGGGGCUAAUCUACUGUAAAACUUU